AUGGCGAUAGACUACGCAAUCUCCUCCACCACCAAAAUGACUACGGCCACCACAAUCAAGCAGUGGACAACAGCCCAAGAUGGCCUGGACAACCUCAGGCUGACGCAAGCCGAAAAGCCCACUGCCGGAGCUGGCGAAGUCUUAGUCAAGAUCAACGCCGUCGCCCUCAACUACCGCGACACCGAAGUAGUCAUGGGCCUCUACGGCCACCACGCCUCGGUCAAACAAGAAGAAAUCGUCCCCGGCUCCGACAUCUGCGGCACGAUCGAGACCUCCAACUCCUCCCGCUGGAAGCCCGGACAAAGAGUCAUGGCCAUCUUCAACCAAACGCACCUGACCGGCCAGAUCAAAGCCAAGGACAUGUCCUCCGGCCUUGGCCUCCCUCUCCCGGGCUGUCUGACCGAAUACCGCGUCUUCCCCGCCGAAGGCCUGGUCGAAGUCCCCUCAUAUCUGAGUAAUGAGGAGGCGGCAUGUCUCCCCAUCGCUUCCGUGACGGCGUGGAUGGCUAUCAAUGGGUUCCAACCCCUUGGUCAUCCUUCACAUAGCAAGGACGAGACGGUUCUGCUCCAGGGAACCGGCGGUGUAGCCAUCGCGGGCCUCCAAAUCGCCCACGCAGCCGGGAUGAAAACAAUCAUUACUUCUUCUUCCGACGAGAAGCUCGAGAAAGCAGAAGCGAUAGGUGCUGAUCACGGCAUCAACUACAAAUCCACCCCGAACUGGGACCAAGAAGUCCUACGCCUGACGUCGAAUGAAGGUGCCGAGAUCGUCUUCGAGAACGGAGGCGCGCAGACCCUGCGCCAAAGCUUCGAAUGUGUCGCUUUCGGCGGGCUGAUAAAUUGUAUUGGAUACCUGUCUGGGAAAGAGGAUCUCUUGCAGGACCGCACGCAUACGAAUGUGCUUGCGUUGAAGCGGAAUGUUACGCUCAAGGGCAUUUUGAAUGGGCCGCGGGAUCGGUUUGAGGAGAUGGUGGGGUUUUAUGAAGAGCACGAGAUCAGACCGGUCAUUGAUAGGGUGGUGAGGUUUGAGGAGGCGAAGGAUGGUCUGAAGUAUUUGUUCUCGGGGGGCCAUUUUGGGAAGGUGGUUGUCAAGGUGGCGGAGUAG